AUGGUUAAUCAAAAUUUAGAAAUAUAAGAAAAGAAAAUCCAUACAUAUAAGGUUUUAAGUAUCAAUUAAAAAAAAGAAGCUUUAGAAGAAUUAUUUAAAAAUCCUAGUUAAGAAAAUUUUAUUUUGCUUAGUAAUAAAUUUAAUACAACAACACGAAAUUUAAGGAGAUGGUUUAAUGAAGGUUAUAUGAGAAAAGGGGGAUGUGGAAGAAAAAAAAUAAAUCCAUAAGGAGUAAUGAGAUUAGAGGAAUGGAUAUUAGAAGAAACGAAAAAAUAUGGUAAGAAAAUAAGUAGAAAUUAAAUUAAGGAAUAAGCAAUAAGAAUUUUCAAUAUUUAAUCUUUUAAAGCAUCAAAAGUAUGGAUGGAUAAAUUUAUUAAAGAAUAAAAUCUUAAAUAUAAAAUUUAAACUAUUCUUUUUGAAAAAGGUUAACUCUCAAAAUAAAGUUAAGAAAUAAAACAUAAAUAAUUUGAGGAUAAUUAAAAAGAAAAGAACUUUGAAAGUUCUACAAAAAAAUAAAUAAAAGGGUUAAAAUUAGAGAAGAUAAAACUCAAUUAACUAGAGAGAAAUUAGGAUUAACUAAAUGUUUAAGAUUUAAAAAUGAGUGUGUAAUAGGAAACAAUAUUAAAUAGAGAACAUAAUAAAGAAGAUGAUUUAUAUUUAUCAGUUAGUUUUGAAUAGGAAGCUGAUUUAUUUGCAUAUAAUUAUGAAGAAGAGUUAUUUUUAGGAUUUGAUUGA